UCUAUGUCAAAAAUUUGUUUCACUGGUCAAGGCUCGUUGUCCAGCGCGGUAUGCAGGAAAAUGGUGGGAAAAGAAGAAAGAAGAGAAUUUCAAGGUUCAUUAUCAUCUCAACAAAUAGAGACAUGCUUGGGAUCUUUGUCGCGUAUUCUUGUCUUUUGCGAAGAACACCACGUUGUGGCAUGAAACUGGACGACCGAAGGCAAGUCCACGAGGCUAAAGGCGGCUGGCCACAAUGCAGCAGCCAGCCGGAGGCCUUGUUAUCUCGUUGCGCACCGAAGAACAUUUCCCUGAUUUUCUCCGAAGUUUGAGAAAUUCCUUUGUCCUCUUUGGGGAUAGUUUCGAAGGGAUGAUGAACAAGUUUAACCUUAGCUUGGAUAUUAUCAAUCGCAAGAAUUUCAGCUAAGACAUGAAAACCAAUUACAAGUAUGCCUAGGACCAAACCGAGCUUUAAAGUAAUGGGUUUUUAUAAAGAGACAGCAAGAAGAUUACUGGAUUUUUCAUCAGGAUUCCCAAAAUGCGGAAUAUUCAAGGGUUACAGUAUUUAUAUAGAAUGGCUUUGCAAUGUCUGGGAAGUUGAUGACAGAAGGGCUCUUUUGAAGCUCCUGUAUUCGACAAAAUGUCUCACUUGGAUGAAUAAGCUAUAUCUCCCAUGUUGGUAGUUCCUUGUAUCCUCUUCUUCAUAUAUUCUUCCCUGAACCAACUUUUCUGUUCCAUAGCAAUACAGAGCUUGAAAUUGUAAAAGCAUGGAAGGAAAGAGGGUGGUGGUCGUCCUGGAUGCAUCUAAAGAUGUCAAUCCAAGAGUCUUUCGUUGGUCCUUGAAAGGAUUAUCACUGAAGCCAGGAGAUAAGCUCACCGUUGUUGCAGUUCUCUAUCAGUUUUAUACUCCUAGUAUGUGCUCUUCCAUGGAUGCUAGGGAAGUUUAUGGCAGCUAUUAAUUAUUCAUCAAAUCACUAUUUUUGCAUCAAAUCACUUUUGUCACUCUGUUGGGACAGAUUCAAUGUUUUUAUCCUGUGAUGGUACAUUUACACGGGUACGCACAUGAAGAAAAUGUUGAUUCGGACUCAGUGGAGUGAGAAAACAAUUAAAUUUUCGUGAGAAUGAGAGAAUGACUAUUUGUGUGUUGAAGUGAUGCAAACAACAGUUGAUUACCAAAAUUAAUGUGUAACAGUUGGGGUACUUAAGCACAUUGGACAGCAAAUCACUGGUUGGAGCCAACAAGAAAGCAGUAGAGAUGCGAGCUGCGAGGAGGAUGGAAGAAUACCAAAAUAAUGAGGAGCUUCUUGAGAUUUCUAAACUGUAUGAAUCACAGAAGGUUGAAUUCAGGAUAGAGUUGGUCACGGCAACUUCAGCUAAGGAGGUUGCUUUAGACAAAGCGAAAGAACUAAAUGCAACUUGGGUGAUAUUGGACAGGCAGAUGAAGAAAGAUGAGAAGUUUUUCCUGCAGGAGCUUUCUUGUGGUAUAUCAAGAUUGAAGCGUAACAAUAGGAUUGAACAUUUGAGAGGUCCCCCAGUUCUCCCCACAGAGAUAUUUAUCAGUCCUGUACCAGGAUGUCAUGACGAUGAGGAUAACAGUAUGGAAGACCCCAAGAUUGGUCAAAUAAAAGAGGAUCUUCCCAGCAUGGAAGAAGAGAUGCAAAGAAACUCAGAUAAGGGGGAUGACUUUACAUUUACUGACAGUAAUCAAACAAGUCAGACAAAACCUGAUGAACCCAGAACAGUUGUAGAAGAGACAUGGAAGAGCAUCCAUGAUGAAGGGCAGCACUUCAGGCAGGCAACAAGAGGUGAUCUACACAUAGAUGGAACAAAAGCUGAGCUGCUGAGCCAUGAUCAAGAAGAUAAAACAGAUGGAAAGCAAGAGAAGAGCAUUUUUGGGAAUACAGAAUGCUCUAUCUGCUCAGUCUGCAAAAGUAGACGGCCAGAUAGUGGAUGGAAAAGGGACUUCUCAUAUAUCGAACUUCAAGUCGCUACAGAUGAAUUUUCAAUUAACAACUCACUUUCUGAAGGAGAAUGUGGAUCUACUUUCAAAGGUCAGCUUGAUUGUCAGCUGAAAAUAGUGGUGAAGCAGCAUCGACUCACAGAUGCCCAAGUAGAGAAACAAAUGAUGUCUCAAGUGCAAUUGAUCCUCAAGGCUAGACAUAAGAAUGUGGCCAUGCUGUUGGGUUCCUCCAUAGAAGAAAGUCAGCUAUUAGCUGUAUAUGAGUAUGCAUGCAAUGGUUCACUUGACAAGCAUCUAUCUAAGAAUAGUUGCAGGCCAUUAAGCUGGGGAAAAAGGGUGAAAAUAGCUGUAGGUGUCUCCAUGGGUCUAAAGUACUUACAUGAUAAUAACAUAAUUCAUGGACGUAUAAAGCCAAGCAACAUUCUUCUAAACCAUGAGUUCGAACCAAUGCUUGGAGAUUUCAGCUUGGGGAGAGCAAAAUGUGAAGCAAAAAAGUCACACAAGGAUAAAAGUUUGGUAUACGCAGCACCAGAGUGUUUGGAGAAUUGGAAACUAACAGCCAAGACGGAUGUAUACUCCUUUGGAAUGGUUCUUUUAGAGCUUAUCACUGGUCAGAGGGCUACAGACAAAAUAUCAGGAGAGAAAAACCUUGUUGAAUGGGCAAAGCCUCUUCUUGGAACAAAGAAGUAUCCGCAAUUGGUGGAUCCUGCAAUUGGAACCUCCUACGAAGAAGAACAACUUCAUUGGUUGGCCCAAGUAACAGAAAAAUGUCUCAAAAAGAAUCCAAAGGAAAGAUUAAGCAUGAAUAUGGUGGUCUCUGAAUUACGAGGCAUAAUAGAGAGUGAAGAGGGCUGUGUUACUGUAGACUUUUCCCCAGAAAUUUCAAGAUCAACAUGUGGCAUAUCAGACAUUACUUCUACUCAAGGUCAAAAGAUACCUGAUGAGCUGACUGAGGAAAAGCGGAUCAAGAGCUGCCACUAUGGAGAAAUGUGGAAUCCAGAGCUAGCAAUUGAAAAUAACGACAUGUUAUGUCAUAAAAAAGCUGAUCAUCUAAGCCAUGGGGUGGAGAAGAGUGUAGGAAAGGAGAAAAGAACAAACCAUAUGGUAGCUUUGACAAAAGUUGAUACACUGGAUCUGGAUCAAGGACAGAGCAGUUUUAUAAAAAAUGAGACAAUUAUGGGUCAAAUUGCAGUUGAUAGAAAAGGAGAUAUGAUGAAUAGGCACCAGGGAGAAGUGAUUUUGGAUAGUUCAAAAUCAUUUUUAUGCUCUAUAUGCAAAAGUAGACGCUCAAAUGUUGGAAAUCAAAGAGACUUCACUUACAAUGAGCUUGAAGAUGCUACAGAUAUAUUUUCAUUUCAGAACUCUCUCUCUGAAGGUGGAAAUGGACCAAUUUUCCGGGGCAUUCUAGAUUGUAAGCUGAAAAUAGCUAUCAAGAUGCAUCGAAUAACUAGCUCUCGGGAAGAAGAAAUAUUUAAGUCAGAGGCGCAGUUGCUUACUAAAGCUAUACAUAAAAAUGUGGUGAUGCUGUUGGGUUCAUGCACAGACAAAAAUCAACAGAUUCUUGUGUAUGAGUUUGCUUGCAAUGGUUCACUUGACCAGCACUUAUCAGGGGGAAGCUGCCGGUCAUUGACUUGGAGAGAAAGGGUAAAAGUAGCAAUUGGUGCCUCUAGAGGUCUGAAAUACCUUCAUGACAUUAACAUAAUUCAUGGAAGUAUAAAACCAAGCAACAUUCUUCUGACCCAUGAAUUCGAGCCUCUGCUUGGAGAUUUUGGCUUAGGAAAAGGAAAACUAGAACUGAAAUCCCACAAAGAUAAAAAUGUAAGUUCUGAAUACACAGCACCGGAGUAUUUGGAGAAAGGAAAACUGUCCACUAAGACGGAUGUAUACUCCUUUGGCGUGGUUCUUUUAGAAUUGAUCAGUGGCAGGAGAGCGACAGAUAAAUUAUCUGGAGGGAAAAGUUUUGUUCAGUGGGCUAAGCCUCUUCUUGGUGGGAAGAAAUACGCCCAGCUGGUGGAUACUAAAAUCAGCAGUUCUUGCAAAGAAGACCAACUUAGAUGGUUGAUCCAAGUAAUAGAACAAUGUCUCAGGAAGAAUCCUAAGAAAAGAUCAAGCAUGAAUAUGGUUGUCUCUGCAUUGCAAGACAUUGAAGAUACUGAUGGUUUAUGUGCAAUUGAAGACUCUUCUCCAGAAAAAUCAUAUAUACCACCCUGUGCGCCUGAUAUGAUUUGUUCACAAGGUCAAACAAAGGUUGAUCAGAACAGUUGGAAACAAGAACAGAUCGAAAGCAUCCCUUAUGAGAUGGAGAGGAGCUUAAGAUCAAUAGUCAGAAAAAAUGACUUAAUAGGUAGUAGAAAUGUUCAUCAGCUGCGCCAGGAUGGAGAAGAGAUCAGCAAUGUUCACAUGAUGUGUCGCACAAAAACUGAUCAGAUAAGCCAGGCUCAAGAAGGUACAGGAGGAAGCCUCCAAAUAGAAAAGAGGGGCACAAUACUCACAAAUAUGGGUAGCCAAAUUGCAAGUGAAAAUUGCAAUGAAGAACUAAUGCAGGGUAGCUUACGUGGGGAUUCAUUGGAUGGUUGUAACAUCAGAGUUAUGUUAGAGGAUUCCGAAUCUUCUGUAUGCUCUAUCUGCAAAAGUAAACGCCCUCAUUUUGGAGGUCAUAAGGAUUUCUCUUAUAAUGAGCUCCAUGUGGCUACUGAGGGGUUUUCAAUUAAGAACUCUCUAACUGAAGGUGUAUAUGGACCUUCGUUCAGAGGCCAGCUAAACUGCAAAUUGAAAAUAGUUGUCAAGCAACUUCAAAUGACAAGCUCCCAGGAAGAGAAGAUAUUUAAGUCAGAAGUUCAGUUCCUCUCUAAGGCUAGACAUGAAAAUGUGGUCAUGUUGUUGGGUUCAUGCAUAGAUAAAACUAAAAUGCUGAUUGUAUAUGAGAAUGCAUGCAAUGGUUCACUUGAGCAUCAUUUAUCAGGACAAACUGGUAGAUUACUAACAUGGAGAGAGAGGGUGAAAAUUGCAAUAGGUUUAUCCAGAGGUCUAAAGUAUCUGCAUGAGAAUAAUACAAUUCAUGGAAGUAUAAAACCAAGUAACAUUCUUAUAACUCAUGAAUUUGAAGCACGGGUAGGAGAUUUUGGAUUUGGAAAAUCCAAAAAUGAAUUGAAGAAUUGGCACAAGAAUAAAAAUGUAGAGAAUAUUGGAUACGAGGCUCCGGAACUUUUGGACAGUGGAAAGUUCUCAACUCAGACAGAUGUGUAUUCUUUAGGGGUGGUUCUUUUAGAGCUGAUCACUGGGCAUAGGGUUAUAGAUAAAGUUUCAGUACAGAAAAGUCUUAUUGAAUGGGCAAAACCACUUCUUAGAGGAAUGAAUUACCCACAAUUGGUGGAUCCAAAACUCAGCAGCUCCUACGAUGAUCAAGAACUUUUUUCGUUGGUCCAAGUAAUUGAGAAGUGUCUAAGAAAGAAUCCAAAGGAAAGGUUAACAAUGAAUAUGGUUAUCUCAGCAUUGCCAUGCAUAGUUGAUAACAAGCCACUUGUAACUGAGGACCCCAUUACAGUAAAGCCACACUUCAAACGCCCUUUGAAAGAUGAAUCGAUCUCACAAGAUAUCAAAGUAUCACCACAAGCAGAUAAUUUAGAGGUUAUCAAAGUAACUGAGGACCCCAUUAUAGAAAAGCCACAAUCCAAUCGCCUUUUGCUAGAUGAAUCUAGUUCACAAGACAUCGAAGUAUCGCCACAAGCAGCUAACUUGGAGGUUAUUCCAGUAAUUAAGGACCCCGGUAAAGAAAAGCCACGCUCUGGACUCACUGUGCAAGAUGAAUCUAGCGGCCAAGAACUCAAAGGAUCGCAAGAAAAUAACCUAAGUGAUGUUAGUCAGGAAAGACAGAAAAAUGAAACUUGUAGCAGAGAUAAUAAGGUCACAAAUGUUUAUCCAGAGAGCACAGAACACAUGGCUUGUGGUGGAAGCAAUGGAGAGCCACAAGAAACAGGAAGACUAGGCCACAAGAUACAUCAGGUAAAUCAGAGGCGCAUAUCAUAUGGUGGUGCCAAAAUAUUUUUUCUUGACGGUGCCAAAGAAUACAUAGUAGAUGAACAAUUUUUUAGGUUUGGUAAUUUGCUUUGAGGUGAUUGGUCUCAAAAUUGUAAUGUUCACAUUUAUCUAUUUACACAUGUAUGUAUAUAUUGAUGAUAAAUUAACAUUCUACAGCUUUGAUUGAUGAAACAUUUGUUCGGCCUGAA